UCCGGGAAAAUGGCGACUCCCGCUCGUUCGCCGGAGUCUUCGCCGGCCGCGGAUCCAGCGUCGGCCGCGGGGGCUGCCGCGGACGCCGAGUGCCCGCCGCCUCGCCAGCCUCAGCCCCCGCAGAAUGUCCUCGCUGCCCCGCGGCUUCGAGCCCCAAGCUCCCGAGGACUUGGGGCAGCGGAGUUUGGCGGAGCUGCGGGAGAUGUUGAAGCGCCAGGAGAGACUUUUGCGCAACGUAAAAUUCAUCUGCAAAUUGCCCGACAAAGGUAAGAAGAUCUUAGACUCGGUCGCCAAACUGAAAGCUGCCAUUGCAGAACGUGAAGACGUUAGAGGAAGAAGUGAACUCUUUCAUCCUGUUAGUUUAGACUGUAAGGAGAGGCAACAAGCGAUUGCAGUUUUUGAUGGGGACACAGAUAAGGCCCAGAAUUCUGACCAGAUGCUUGAUACUUCAUCACCAGUUCCUGGCUGUUCCUCUGUAGCUAACAUCACAUCAUCUCAGACAACCUCACAACAACAGGGACUGGCACAUGUGACUCGAGGAGGCGAUGCUGAGGUCCCCGAGGCUGAACACACCGUGAGUGAGUGCCCAGCUUCCAGCAGCAUAGCAGCCAUGCCUUCCUCACCCGAAGCCAGUGAGCGCCUCCCUCAGCAUCGUGCUUCAGGUCCAGCGGAGGAUCAUGCUAGCAGCUCAGAAAACCUGUUUAUUGAUAGAUUACAAAGGAUCAUGAUUGCAGACCCUGUUGAACACCACUCAGAAGAAAACCAGAGGCCUGAGAACUUGGCUGGCCUUUGGAGUGGGCUGCAGAAGAAGCCUCAUUACAUGGAAGUGCUAGAAAUGCGAGCCAAAAACCCCAUGCCCCCACCGCAUAAAUUUAAAACCAAUGUAUUACCUUCACAGCAACGUGACUUGUCGAGUCCUUGUCAGAGGAGAGGGUCUCCUGUCUCCUCAGAAGAGAGGCGGCGCAGGGACAGGAAGCAUCUUGAUGACAUCACAGCAGCCCGGCUUCUGCCGCUCCACCACAUGCCUGCACAGCUGCUCUCCAUAGAAGAGUCGCUGGCACUUCAGAAACAGCAGAAGCACAGUUAUGAGGAAAUGCAAGCCAAGCUCGCAGCACAGAAAUUAGCCGAAAGACUGAAUAUUAAAAUGCAGAGCUAUAAUCCAGAAGGGGAGUCUUCGAGGAAGUACCGGGAAGUAAGGGAUGAAGAUGGUGAUCCGUCCUCCGAUGAUGAAAUCUGAAGAUGGGCAUUCGGGUCAUCUCCUGAGUCUCUGCCUGUUGAGAUCUCCUUGUCUUACAUCAGACUUUCUAACAAGUAUCAAGAUCAGUGUCAGACAUUGUUGAGAGAAAGAGUUUUGUAAAGUUACACCAGGGAAGCUAUAAAAAUAGCCCACUUUCAGAAGAUAACGUCCUUGUGCUUGAAAAGUUUAAUAUUUGAGUAUUGUGUUUGAUCACAUUAUAUUAAACUUUUGCAGUAUGUCGUAUAUUGGUCUGAUAGUUUAGUAUAUAGUAGAUAGUAUACAGUAUUUUUUUUUCUCUAAGCCAAAUGAAAGCAGGUGAUUAACUGCUUUUUUCUUUAUACUUACCUCUGCCAAGUAGCAUUUCUUACAUGUCUUUCAGUGAAUUAUUUAGUUAUCCCAGGCAUCACCUAAAAUGAAUUACAAAGAUAUAGUUCUCUCCUUUUUUGAGUAACGAAGGGGGCAAUCUAGAGAACUGUGUGCAUGUUUGCAUGGGGCUAUUACAGUACUGGAUGUGAAAUACCAAGGAAGACACUCAUAGAAAAUGCUUAAAAUAUUUUUUCCCUUUGUCUUCCCUUAGGAAAAAUGUUUUCUUUCUUCUUAUUAGGAAUAAGGGGUACUUUUAGUUGAUGCUGGAGGGUGGAUGCUCUUUCUAGAUGACCAGAUUUGCCUGGAGUAAUGAGGAACAGGAAAAGUCUAAGAUGAUUGAUGUUUGUGGAGGGAGUAGCUGUUCUUGGGCUUGGCCUGCCUUGACUUCAUUGUUCUAACAGAUGAUAGGUUCAAUUUGAUAAGAAAACCAAAAAAUUUUUUAAAGCUACCAUUGGUUUGUUAUCUCCCCCCUCCCCCCCCCCCAAAAAGAGCGUUACAUAGGCUACAGAAACCGCAAUCUCAUAUAUUAAGGGACUGUAUGGUUGUCUCCAAAGAAAUUAACACGUAUGUUAUCAAAGUUUUCUUUGUCUAAUGUGUUGGCACCUUUAAACAGUGUUGAAAGAAUAAAAUAUUGGACAACUUCAAAAUGCUAGUGGCGAUGUUUUCUGGUGCUUAAUUAAAUGUAACUUUAAAGGAGACUUUUCAUAUAUGAAAUUUAAAUGAGAAUACAUUUAGGCAGAUGUAUGUGUGAUGGGAAGGGUUCAAUUCUAAUUGUAAAUGAUUUCACAUCCUAAAGUUAAUUGAUGCUACUUUAUGGAAUGAAUACAUGUUAUUUCUGGAAAGCUGGAUCAUGGGAGGGCUCACAUGCACAUACGCACAAGUCCCCCUGUUAGUCCUACCACCCAGGAAGGGCCUCUGUUAACAUUGGGUACAUGUACAGAUGCAUCCUUUUCUGUGCAUAAUUAUACAUGUUUAUUUUCAAUAAUGCAGUCAUAUACUGGUUAAUAGUCUGCUCUAAAUACAGUAAACAUUUUCACAUACUAAAUAUUUUGCAUUUUAGAUAGCUGCAGAAUAUUCCAUUUUAUGGGUGUACUGUAACUUUUAAAAUCAGCUUGUUUCACAAUUUGUUAAUUACAGUGUAACCUGAAAACAGUGAUGUGAUCAACGUCUUAAAAUAUAAUCACAUCGGUGUAAAAGUGACUUAUUUCCAAAAGGUACCUUUCUAGAAGUGACUUGAUAGGUAAAAGUUUUUGAGACGAUACCCAUCACUCCCCACAGACUGUUUCCUUUAACAUUCCCAACUAGCGAUGUAUCAAACUCCCAGAAUUGCAAAUUGCUAUUUAAAAUAUUUGCCAAUAAUUACAGGAAAGGACUACCUUUAAAAUGUGUGUUUCUUUGAUUACAAAUGAAGGUUGAGUUUUUUCCAUGUUUAUUGGCCAUUUACAUUCAUUGUUUUGAGCAUUGCUUAGUCAUAUCUUUCCUAUAUUCUCUUGGAGAGUUUACCAUUUUUUAUUGGUUUAUAAGUUUUUUAAUGAAUUAAGAUGUCCAUUUUUUGUCAUGUGUUGCUACUGUUUUCAUGUUACUUGCCUUUCAAUACAGUGAAUGGUAUUUCUGUGUAGAAGUCGUUUUCUUUAGGGGUCUACCUUUGCCGUUGUGCUAGGGCAUGCCUUCCCUACCCCAAGGAUGGUUACAGAUUUAUCCUUAUUUUCUUUUAGUACUUUAAAAAAAUUCACUUUUAUACUUAUCUUUAACUCAGAAGGGAAUUUUUAAUCCAUCUUAAAUUUAUUUGGGAAUAUUGUAUGGGGUGAGAUUUAAUUUUUAAAAAAUCUACACUGUCCUGGUAUCAUAGAAUAUUAAAUUCCUCUGUGGUUUUUGUGUCUUGGA